GUGGAGAAGAUAUAAGUGCUGGCAUUUUAAAAUCUCAAAUGAAUUUAUACAAAAAUCACAGGUCCCUCUUUGAUGAUGAAUUUAUUCCGUCUACUGAUACAGUUACUGAUUGGUGGAUGUCCAUAGACCUUAAAAAAAAUGAAGAUCAUAUAAAAACCCUCGCCCUAAAAGUACAUUCAGUUUCACUCCAUAAUGCUGCUUGUGAGCGGCUCUUUAGUAUAUUAAACUGGUAUCUUGGAAAAAGACGGACUAGAAUAAGCAUUGAACGUCUAGAAGUCAUAGCCCAGAUGCAUUCAUUUUUAGUCGAGAAUGCUAAAUCAGAACUCAGUUAUGUGGAACAAAAUCUUUGCCAAGAAGACCUAUUGUCUAUUUUCAAUAAAAUUGAAAGUUCUAUAGAAGAUGAGUCUAAUCUAUUUAGUGAAGAAGAAUCAUUUGCUUUUUUGGAAGAGCUUGCUAAGGAAAAUACAGAAGAAAUGGAGGAAGAACUAGAAGACUUAGCUAAUGAAAAUUCAAUGAAUUUAGAAGUUGGAAACUUUAUAUCUUUGUCUUCCAACUUAGAGCCCAAUGAAACUUCAAGUUUAAACGAAGAG